AUGGGGCGAGAGCAGGAACUAAUCCAGGCUGUGAAGAACGGGGAUGUACCCAGCGUGCAGAAACUGGUGGCCAAGAUCAAGGCAUCCAAGAGCAAGCUCCUGGGAUCUGCCAAGCGGCUGAACGUGAACUACCAGGAUGCGGAUGGGUUCUCGGCGCUGCACCAUGCGGCCCUGGGUGGCAGCCUGGACCUCAUCUCGCUGCUGCUGGAGGCACAGGCCACUGUCGACAUCAAGGACAGCAAUGGGAUGCGCCCCCUGCACUAUGCAGCCUGGCAGGGGCGUGUGGAGCCGGUGCGGGUGCUGCUGCGUGCUGCUGCCUCCGUCAACAUGGCCUCGCUGGAUGGGCAGAUCCCGCUUCACCUCUCGGCACAGUACGGCCACUACGAGGUGUCAGAGAUGCUGCUCCAGCACCAGUCCAACCCCUGCCUCAUCAACAAAGCGAAGAAAACCCCCCUGGACCUGGCAUGCGAGUUUGGGCGGCUGAAGGUGGCCCAGCUGCUGCUCAACAGCCACCUCUGCGUCGCCCUCCUGGAGGGACAGUCCAAGGAUGCCACCGACCCCAACUACACCACCCCAUUGCACCUGGCAGCCAAGAACGGACACAAGGAGAUCAUCAGGCAACUGCUGAAGGCUGGGAUCGAGAUCAACAAGCAGACGAAGACGGGCACAGCACUGCACGAGGCUGCACUUUAUGGCAAAACAGAGGUGGUGAGGUUGCUGCUGGAGGGUGGUGUUGACGUGAACAUCAGGAACACCUACAACCAGACGGCACUGGACAUUGUCAACCAGUUCACCACCUCGCAUGCCAGCAAGGACAUCAAGCAGUUGCUGAGAGAGGCAUCAGGAAUCCUGAAGGUCCGAGCUUUAAAGGAUUUUUGGAACCUCCAUGACCCAACUGCUCUCAAUGUCCGGGCAGGAGAUGUCAUCACGGUCCUGGAGCAGCAUCCAGACGGGCGAUGGAAGGGGCACAUCCACGAUGCUCAAAAAGGCACCGAUCGGGUCGGGUACUUCCCUCCCUCCAUCGCUGAAGUCAUCAGCAAGCGAACAGGCAUGGUUGUCCCCCGCGUGGCACCCGCGCACCAGCGCCAGGGUCCCCCCGGGGCUCUCCCGGCCCCCCCCGGUGGGCUGCAGCACCUCCCCGACGAGUGUCCUCACCACGCAGCCCCGAGCGGCCCAGCGGCCUAUGGCCACCUCACCCUAACUCGGACGGCCCUGGGCCCUGACAGCUCAGCAGGAGACAGGAACAGCGUGGGCAGUGAGGGCAGCAUCGGCAGCAUCCGCAGUGCCGGCAGCGGCCAGAGCACCGACGGCACCAACGGGCAGAGCACCAGCAUCCUCAUUGAGAAUGCCAGGCCGCUGCCCUCCACCGGUGAUGACCUCCAGCAACGCCUGGGAUCAGAGCCACCUCCUCUGCCAGGGCCACAGGGCCACCAGACCCCAGGCAGCUGCCCCCCUGGAGACAGGGUCUUCUCCCACCAGUUCUUGCGGCCUGAGCAGCUCCUCGAGGGGAAGGACGCAGAAGCCAUUUACAACUGGCUGAGUGAGUUCCAGCUGGAGUCGUACACUGCCAACUUCCUGAACGCUGGCUACGACGUCCCCACGAUCAGCCGCAUGACCCCCGAGGACCUGACAGCCAUCGGCGUGACCAAGCCAGGCCACAGGAAAAAGAUCUCCACCGAGAUCGGGCAGCUCAGCAUCGCCGAGUGGCUGCCCAAUUACAUCCCGGCUGACCUGAUGGACUGGCUCAGUGCCAUCGGGUUGCCCCAGUACCACAAGAAGCUGGUGAACAACGGCUAUGACUCCAUCACCAUCGUGACAGACCUGACGUGGGAGGAUCUGCAAGAGAUUGGCAUAAACAAGCUGGGCCACCAGAAGAAGAUCAUGUUGGCCGUCAAGAAGCUCAGAGACCUCCGCAAAAGUCUCAACCAAGCAGAAGCCACUCUGGCAAGACGCAAAGUCCCUGGUGCCCUGGAUAUCGUCACCAUCGAGUCACUGGAGAAUGGGGAGUGCCAGUCCCCACACACCCCCAAAAUGAUGACCUUCCAGGACAGCGAGCUCAGCUACGAGCUCCACAUCAAGAGCAGCCAGGGAAUGUCACGGAGCCAGGAGAGCAUUGGGGUGCGGUCCCGGGGCUCGGGGCACUCACAGGACAACGUGCUGUCCCAGCACCUCUCCAGCCCCUCGCAGGAGAGCCUGGGCAGUGGGGAGAGCAGCAGCAGCAGCGGGCAGUCCUGUGCGCCGCCCCGCAGCAAGGAGAGCCCGGCCUGCCUGCCCGGCCAGCCCAGCCCCGAGCCCUAUGGGAAGCUCAUCUCCCCCGAGGGGCUGAAUGGCUGUGCCAAUGGUGGAGGGGGCAGCCCUCUCAAGGAGAGGAACCUGCCCGAAGGAACGGAUCAGUACGCUCGGCCGGUGGCUCAGAAAGGUGCUGGGACACCAGCAGUCACCCCCUGUACUCCUCCCCAGACCCCCAGCAAGGCGACGGCCCCGUACAUCUUCAUGUACCCGCACGUCUCCUUGAAAUCCCCAACAGUCCCUUCCGUCCUUGGAGCAGAGCAGCCCAAGACUCUGGCACACCCAUACCCCUCCAUCUCCCCCGGGGAGAAGAGCAGCCUGCAGACAACAGCCCAAAAAGCUUUCUCCUACCUUCUGUCGGAGGGGGAGCACGAGGAGGAGGAGGGGACACCCACCAGCACGCUGGGCUCCUACGCCACCCUGACACGGCGGCCAGGGCGCAGCCAGAUGCCACGGGCCUGUCUGCAGACGGAUGCCAAGGUGACCCGCAGCCAGUCCUUUGCCAUCCGAGCCAAGCGCAAGGGCCCUCCACCGCCACCUCCCAAGCGCCUCAGCUCCGUCUCCAGCUCCCUUGCUGCUGAGGCAGAUGGCGAGCAGACCCCCGACCCCGAGCGGCAGGCCGCAGCACCCCAAGAAGUGACCGGAGCGACCCUGGUGACACUGGCUGCAGCAGGACAGGCAGGUGUGGACAAUGAGUCCUGCAAUAGUGGUGACACUGGCAAUGCCACGCUUGCCGAUGCUGACAGGGACCCUUUUGAGAGCAGCAAGCCACGGAGACGGACAUUCAGUGAGCCCAGUGCUCCCAUGACAGAGACUGCGCAGGACAGGCAUGAGGAUGCCUGUUCGGACACAGAGGAGGAGGCCAGACCAGGGGUCUCCUCCUCAUCCUCCCAGAACAGCUCCAGCGAGUGCAUCCCCUUUGCAGAAGAAGGCAAUUUAACCAUCAAACAGCGGCCAAAGCCCACCGGGCACCCCAAGGCUGAUGCAGCUGAGCUGCCUGUCCUGGAGUUCAACCUCACUGAGUCGGACACGGUGAAGCGCCGGCCCCGCUUCAAGGAGCGGGAGCCACUGCAGGCAGUGCUGAAGGCAUUCAGCAUGGCAGGGCAGGCAGAGGCAGGGGCCAGCCCUGUGCCCCAGUAUGCCCAGUCCCAAGCUGUGAGCAUCACAGGCCCCGCUGUCCCGGCACCACGGGCCGAGCUGGCUGGGGAUGCCUUUGAUGAUGACAGUGUGGAGUUCAGGAUUGCUGAGAUAGAGAAAAGCAUCUUGUCACUGGAGAAGGGGAUCAAGAAGGCACCGAGUCCCACCAAAGCCCUUAGCCCCACAGAGCUGCUUGGCACCACCGUGGUGAGGACACCUGCUCCAGAUGUCCCCACCAAGCACACCUCUGUGGCGUCCACCAAGCUGGUCUUCUCUGGGCCCAAGACCAUCUACCAGCAGGUCCUGCAGCCCUCUCGCCACACUGUUGCUCCCUGGGCAGUCACCGAGGCAGUCCCGGAUGUGAUCGGGUCCCUGGCCAGUCCCAGCCCACUGAAGCUGGAGGCGGGCAGCAAGGUGUCGGUGAAGCCUUUGGUGGCCACCCCAGGGGCCGCCCUGGCCCAGCAGCGGCUGGAACAGACCAACUCCACCCUGGUCACCACGCUGCAGGCAGCUGAGAAGAAGAUCACGACAGAGGAGGCGGAGAGCCACCCUGCGGCCGUACACUCUGCCAAGAACAUCUUGGAAGACAUCAGCAAUAUGUUUGAUGACCUGGCUGACCAGCUGGACGCGAUGCUGGACUGA